AUGAGGCUUCCAACCUUCCUGCUCCUGGCCCUGGCCCCGCUGCCUCUCCUGGCCGAUCUCAACGCCUACGAGAUCCUCAUGUUCUUUGACAUGUACCGCUCCGACUAUGACCAGAACGGCUCCGACUGCAAGAUCGCCAAGGGUUGCAAGGACUGCGACUUUGAGGGGUUCAUCCUCCACAUUGACCGUCUGAAGACUCUCUCCGGCGUGAGCGGCCGCAUCUCAGACAUGAUGAACCCCGGGCUCAGCGAGAUCGAGGAGUGGCGAGAGAGGAACGACCUCGUCUAUGACGCCAAGAAGCUCCUCGGCGGCCUCUGGCGCGACGGGGACGACAGCGCCCGGCCGGGACACCCGACCGUCAUCGAGCGCCUCGUGGACAGGAUGACGGUGCUCCGCGAGACGGCGGAGCCCAGCCGGCUGGGCAAGAUCACGGCCGCCAUGGAGUACGCCCACUACAGCCGGCGGCGGGCCCAGGCGGACGACAUGGUCACCUUCAUCAACGGCCGCCUCUCGAGCAAGCGGCUGGGCUCGUCCAAGACGCAGACCAUCUCCUUCCUCGGCGGCCAGUUCGCCGAGUUCGACUCCCAGGCCACCAUCGAGUCCGUCCAGCUGACCAAGAGGGGCGCCAUGCGCGACGAGAUCGUGGCCAUCGCGCGGGACAUCAACAGCGGCUCUGUCUCCUCCACCAGCGCCUCCAAGAGGAGGGAUCUCGAGGGGUUUCAUCAGCUUUCCAAGCGGGAAUUCGGCGACGGCAUGGUCGUCAUGUCCCUUCAGAGGGGCUUGGACACGCUGAAAAUGCCCGCCAGGAAGAAGUGUUAA